AACCGGAAGUGAGUGUUCUCAACUGUGGUUCCAACCGCCGAAUGUUCUGUUACAGCUGCUCUCACUUGUGUUUUGUUGUUUGAAAUUUUAAGCUGAUGAAAUAAAGAAAAAAAGCGAGUCAUGCAGUCAGACAAAGAAGGUGGGGACGAUGGGUGUCCUGAGGAAUGUAUUGCUCUGUCCGACUUCACUGGAAGUGGCAGCGACCAGCUUGCUUUCACUAGCGAGGACAAACUGCUUGUGCAUGCCAAGCCCUCAUCAGACUGGUGGUGGGCAGAGCUGCAUGGGGUCAUAGGUUAUGUACCUGCCAGCUAUCUGCGCCCUGUUGGAGCUGCUAAAGAGCGGGACGAGGAAACAUGCCUGGAGGAUCCAUGGCAGGACGAAGAAUACUUUGCCAGCUAUGGUACACUGAGACUUCACUUGGAGAUGUUGUCGGACAAGAGUCGCACUGAGGCGUACCGGCAGGUUAUCUUCACUAACAGUGCUUCUCUGAGGAAUAAGGUGGUGAUGGACCUUGGCUGUGGAACUGGCAUCAUCAGCCUCUUCUGCGCUCAGCUUUCACAACCCUCAGUGGUGUAUGCUGUGGAAGCAAGUUCCAUAGCCGAGUAUACCAGACAGCUGGUGAAGCAGAACGACUGUGAAGAGGUGGUUACAGUGCUGCAGGGGCGAGCUGAAGAGACUGAGCUACCUGUGCAGGUGGAUGUCCUGGUUUCUGAGUGGAUGGGUACCUGCCUGCUGUUUGAGUUCAUGGUGGAGUCAGUCUUGCUGGCGCGGGACCGCUGGCUGAGAAAAGGGGGUGUGAUGUGGCCUUCAUCUGCAGCCCUCGCCCUAGUGCCAUGUCAGGCUGAGAGCUAUUAUGCAGAGAAAAUGGCCUUCUGGGAGCAGCCAUAUGGCCUGGACUUCACCCCUCUUCAGCCUUUGGCACAGAGGGAGUUCUUCACCAAACCCAAGUUCAGUCACCUGAUUGAUCCCAGCGAGUGCCUCAGUGCGCCCUGUGACAUCAUCACCCUGGACAUGUACACCCUGCAAGUGGAAGACCUUGAGGAAAUGAAGGGUCAGUUUCAUUUCUGUGUGGAAAGGUCUGGUGUGUUCCAUGGAUUCACUGCCUGGUUCACUGCUCAUUUUGAAAGCCUGGAGACAGAAGGUGCAACAGUGGAGCUAAACACGGGACCUAACUCUGAGCCAACACAUUGGAAGCAGACUCUCUUCAUGUUAGACAGUCCAGUCAGUGUGUAUGAAGGAGACUCGAUCAGUGGAAGCAUUGUCCUGCACAGGAACCCUAUCUGGAGACGCCACAUGACUGUUACCCUGCAGUGGAACAUCAACAGCAGCAAAGAGGAGACUGACAACUGCCAGGCAAACAUUAAAACCUUCACUUUAUUCACCUUAACCUUAAUGAAUAAUUCAUCUAUAAUGCUUUUUUUUAACCACUGUGGUUCAAUUUUUUUCAUGCAGUGUGACUUUGUUACAUACAUGCGUCGCCAAAGAGUCCUCACUUUACCUUUAGAGUCCUUAGACUUUUUUUUCUUGUGUUUUUUUUGUAUUUGUGUCCAUAGGUUGGAACAAAGAGUUUCCCCAUGUGGAGGUGAAAGGCUCACAAAGUGUCUCAUCAAUGGUGGCGAUCAACUGAAAAUCAGUCUUACACAUCCUCUGUGAGGAUAAGGGUGGGUGAAGUAUCAGCUGUGAGCUGCUGCUGCUGCUGCUGCUGCCGCUGGCCGGUGAUGAAGUUCGACCUUUAUGAUAUAAAAAUAUCACUGUCAAAAGAGCCUCAUCUGGCAGGACAUACAGUCGUAAUGUUGUACACCUGAUAACUACAGGCCCAGGUGAUUUAACACACCAUGAAAUCAGAGCAGGGUAAGCGUAGAAUGAACUCAACUUUCAAUUUGUAUGCUUUUUUUUAUACAAGACUGUGUUGUUUACAGGCUUUAAAACAGAAAAGUUUUUUUUUUUAUCAAGUAUUUGUAGUCUGAGGUGCAACAAAAAAAUGUAAGUCCACUACAUUGUAUUUCUGUAAUGCCUGAAUUUUCUUACAAUAUAUUAUUAUAAAUUAAUAUAUGUACAAUUGAUGAACUAAUGUUGAAAUUCAGUAAAUCAACAUUUUAUUCAACUGCUAA